ACGAGAGAGGAAAAUAAAAGGCAUUAGCCGCCCCACUUGACAAGUCUCCAAAGUAAUAAAAUUAUAUAUGAAUAAUAUUUAUAUUAAGAGAGGACAAAUUAUGAGCAUAUAUAGAUAGAUUUGGGUGGGAGUAGAGAGUAGGAAAUGAAUAUGAAUAUGAAUAUGAAGAUGGGGUUGAGAUGGUUGGGAAUAGUAGUGUCAAUGUGGUUUAUAGGAGGAAGCAUGGCGGAGCAAUGUGGAAGACAAGCAGGUGGUGCUGUGUGCCCUGGGGGUUUAUGUUGCAGCCAAUUCGGGUGGUGUGGCUCAACCAGUGACUACUGCGGCACCGGAUGCCAAAGCCAAUGUGGAGGAAGUGGUGGUGGUGACCUCGGGAGCAUAAUAUCGAGGGACAAAUUCAACCAGAUGCUGAAACACAGGGAUGAUGGUGGGUGCCAAGGGAAAGGGUUUUACACCUACGAUGCUUUCAUUACAGCUGCCAAGUCUUUCCCCAACUUCGGUAAAACCGGCGAUACUCCCACUCGCAAGAGGGAGAUUGCUGCUUUCUUCGGCCAAACUUCCCACGAAACUACUGGGGGGUGGGCAAGUGCACCGGAUGGACCAUACGCUUGGGGAUACUGCUUUGUUAGGGAACAAAAUCCAAGUGCGUAUUGUGCGUCGAGCGCCGAAUUCCCUUGUGCUCCUGGGAAGCAAUACUAUGGUCGAGGUCCCAUCCAAAUAUCAUGGAACUACAACUACGGACAGUGUGGAAGAGCAAUAGGUGCGGACUUGCUGAACAACCCAGACCUCGUCGCCACUGAUCCCAUCAUCUCCUUCAAGACGGCCAUAUGGUUCUGGAUGACGCCACAGUCACCCAAGCCAUCCUGCCAUGACGUCAUCACCGGAAUAUGGAAGCCGUCGGAUGCUGAUAGGGCGGCAGGGAGGCUUCCUGGGUACGGAAUGAUAACAAAUAUAAUAAAUGGUGGACUCGAAUGCGGUAAAGGACAGGAUAGCAGAGUGCAGGAUCGCAUCGGAUUUUACAAGAGAUACUGUGAUUUGCUCGGCGUCGGCUAUGGCGACAACCUUGACUGUUCUGCUCAGAGGCCAUUUAACUCUUUGCUUCUUCAAUUAAUGGUCGACACCAUCUGAUCCCAUCCAGCUGUGACUGUGACUGUGACUGUGAUGUUUUCUCAUCUGCAUGUCAAGAGAAAACACACUUUAGAAAUAAAAUGAAACCUGGACUGGUCCACUACCUAUGCAGACUAAACACGCUUUGUCUUGCAUUUCUUCAACACCAUUAAUUACAUUAAUUCAUCACACGAUAUGACGUACGUUACCCUCUUAAGUUUUAACCAACCAACCACCACCACUAUCA